AUGGAGGCCAUGCGCCAGUUCAACCGGUACUGCAAGGCCACCAACACGUCGGCCUACCACCUGGUCAUCCCGCCCGCCACGAGCAACGACGACGAGGUCGUCCUCGACAACAUGCAGCGCCUCAGCCACUACAACUUUGGACACCUCACGCGGGUGCACUUCAAGGAGAAGGUGUCGCCGUCGGCGCCUCCCCGCAUGUCGACGCUCAUGAGCGGGCUGGGCGGCACCCUGCGCCGGCGGACGGUCCUCACGGCCUCCCAGGAGAAGGCCAUCACCAAGAACCAGCAGCAGCCCUUCUCCGUCUUCCGCAUCGAUCCCUCCACUCUGCCACACGUUGAAGACAACGGCUUCCAAGUGCCGGCAUUUCUGGCGCAGAUGCGGAAGACCCUGUACGAGAAGAACGCGCUGGAGCAGGAGGGACUGUUCCGACUGGCCGGCGACGAGCUCGAGAUGAACCUCAUCAAGAAACAAGUCAGCGACGGCUCCUACACCGAUUGCAUCGAUGUCAACGCCGUCGCUACUCUCAUCAAGCGGUGGUUUGGUGAGUUGCCAGUGCGCGUGUUUGCGGCGAUGCCGAAGGGCGAGUACGAGCGGUGCGUGGGCGACGAGGCGGCCUGCGCGACCUUCCCCGACCGGCUGGCCGAGCCGCACCGCACCCUCUUCCUCUGGUUCGCCGCCAUUCUCAUCGACGUCGCCAAGCGCCAGCACAUCAACAAGAUGGGACCCGGCAACCUCGGUACGAGCUCUCAGACAGUCCCCUGCGCGCUCUCGCCCCGAGGCUGA